UGUCUUUCUCUGACUGACAUAUUUUGCUGAGCAUAAUACCAUCUGGAUCCAUCCAUGUGAAGGUCAUGAACCUCAGCUGCUCCCUGUGGCAGGACAACAGCCUGUCUGUCAAGCACUUUGUAUUUGCCAAGUUCUCGGAGGUCACUGAACAGUGUUUCCUUUUAUUCACCCUCGUCCUACUUAUGUUUUUAGCAUCCCUCAUGGGUAAUGCCCUCAUAGCCCUUGCCAUCUGGACCAACCCCGUCCUCCAUAUGCCCAUGUACUUCUUCCUGACCAACCUGUCUCUCUUAGAGAUUGGCUACACGUGCUCGGUCAUACCCAGGAUGCUGCAGAGCCUCGUGAGUGAGGCCCGGGGCAUCUCCCGGGAGGGGUGUGCUACGCAGAUGUUUUUCUUCACAUUUUUUGGUAUCAGCGAGUGCUGUCUUUUGGCAGCCAUGGCUUUUGACCGCUACAUGGCCAUAUGCUCCCCACUCCACUAUGCAAUGCGAAUGAGCCGGGGGGUGUGCGCCCAGCUGGCAGUCGCUUCCUGGGGAGUGGGUUGCAUGGUAGGCUUGGGCCAGACCAACUACAUUUUCUCCUUGAACUUCUGCGGCCCCUGUGAAAUAGACCAUUUCUUCUGUGACCUACCCCCUAUCCUGGCUCUUGCCUGUGGUGAUACAUCCCAUAACGAGGCCGCCGUCUUUGUUGCGGCCAUUCUUUGCAUUUCCAGUCCAUUUCUACUAAUCAUUGCUUCCUAUGGCAGAAUCCUGGCUGCCGUGCUGAUCAUGCCCUCCCCUGAAGGCCGCCAUAAAGCUCUUUCCACCUGUUCUUCCCACCUGCUUGUUGUGACGCUCUUCUAUGGCUCCGGGUCUGUCACCUACUUGAGACCCAAGGCCAGCCAUUCACCAGGAACAGAUAAACUCCUAGCUCUGUUCUACACCGUGGUGACGUCCAUGCUCAAUCCCAUCAUCUACAGUUUACGGAACAAGGAGGUCAAGGCAGCUCUCCAGAGAACCCUGGGUAAGAGAAAGGUUCUGACUCUGACUGGAUAG